GGCGAGCGGCGGAGUUACGAGAGUUGAUCAGGAGUGGGUCGAUGGAGGCGGUGUGACGCCAAGUUUUACCCUUAAUGAUGUAAAUACUGGGGUUUAAUCGGUGUGUGCCCCCCGUCUCGCCACAGUUCUGGUGUGCACCUUCCUUGUGCUGAUCAGAGACGACACAAGAACAACGUCACCAAUGUAUAAGCAACUACAAAUGGGCCUUCGUGCGUUCCUGCUCCUGGCUCAGAAGAUCUGGAGUUUCGUUUGCUAUGUUCUCCGUAAACAAGCUAGAACUGUUUUGCAGUACCAGCCAGUCAAAUAUGAGGUGUUGCCGCUUUCCCCACUCUCCAAACAUCGGCUCAGUCUGGUGAAGCGGAAGGUUUUAGUCUUAGACUUGGAUGAGACCCUCAUUCAUUCUCAUCAUGACGGUGUUAUUCGGCAAAUGGUGAAGCCCGGUACUCCGCCAGAUUUUGUGUUGAAGGUUACUAUAGACCGGCAUCCAGUGCGCUUCUUUGUGCAUAAACGACCGCACGUUGACUUUUUUUUGGAUAUAGUGUCACAGUGGUAUGACCUCGUGGUGUUCACCGCUAGUAUGGAAAUAUAUGGAGCAGCAGUUGCAGACAAGUUGGACGGUGGUCGUGGUAUUUUGCGGCGACGAUAUUACCGUCAGCACUGUACGCUUGACUAUGGAAGUUACACGAAGGAUCUCGCUGCAAUAUGUCCUGACUUAGCUUCUAUAUUCAUUCUAGAUAAUUCACCAGGAGCGUAUAGGCAAUAUCCAGAUAAUGCAGUUCCCAUUAAAUCGUGGUUCAGUGAUCCCCUGGACACGUCCCUGCUCAACUUGCUGCCCGUGUUAGACGCACUCCGCUUUACAGCUGAUGUGCGUUCCGUUUUGUCUCGAAACCUACACCUUCACCGCUUAUGGUAGCACUCAGGGUUAUAGUUUGUAUUGUGUGGCUGUGGCUCUACAAGUUACUACCGGCCACCUUUAUUGGUCUCAGGGGUAUGUCAGGGUUUUUGAGAAGCCUUGACUUGCCCCCUCCCCCUCCUCCCCUCCCCCCUCCCAUUGGUGCGAGUGGCAAGAUCUUGAGUAAAAUUGUCGCUAGUGUAGUGAACGGUCUAGUGGGUGGCUUCUCGGUAGAACUGAGUGUCACCUAAACAAUUUUUUUUCCCCUGACAAUAGAUUAAUUUAACCUUUAUAGUGCUUGAACACAUUUUUAUAUAGAAUAAUGUUUAGCUAGAGGAUAUAUGUAAAUUAUAUUGAAAAACAUUGAACAUUUAAAUUUUGUUUAUUCCAAGCUUAGAACAUAACUGGGUCAAGUAACAUGGGCUUAAAGCUCUGUUGUCUGUGUAGAACAUGGGCUAAGAGCUCUUCAAUAUGAAAAGUGAGCUUAGAGCUGUUUUGGGUAGAAUGUGGUACAGGUAUUAGAAUUCUUGUCUGAGUGCAACUUGGGCUUAAGAGCUAUGUUGUAUGUUCUCAUGGACCCUGAGCUCUAUUGUUUAAUGUACAUUAUUGACUUGGAGUUCUUGUUGUCUGCUGUGUAGAUCAACUGUAAGCAUUCAUCUCUGUUUAUCAUUGACUGGGAGUUCAUGUGUUUGUAUGUGAUUGACUGAGGACUUCAUUGUCUUCAUAUUUCAUUGAUUUGAGGGCUGUAUUUUGCAUGCAUCAUUGACAUAGAUCUCUGCUGUCUUUGUGUAUCAUUGACUGGAGAGCUCAGUCUUCAUGACUAACAGGCUUAGAGCUCUUCUGUGUAAUGUGGAGUUGGAAUUCUCUGGUCUGCAAUGUAGAAAUAACUUUUUGUCCCACUUACAUUGACAUAAAAGCCCUAACUCAUUAGGUGUGUAACAAUUGAUUCAGAGCUCUCUUUUACAUGAUUGAUAACUGUGAGACGGUGUUUAAAGGACUUCUGACAGACCCUUACUCUUAGAAGGGCUACACAGAGAUGACCCAUUAACACAUAAAGGUACAAAGGUUUCCCCCAUUUGAAUUUGGGUUGUAAGAAAGUGUGUUUGUGUGUUUGUAAAUAUGUAGUUGUGUAUGUAGGCACAGGGUCCUUUUGUUGUUCUUCAGCCUUUUUUUGUUGUGGUGGUGGUGGUGGGGAGGUUGUGUCCAAGACAGUGUGCGCUGAUGUUGGGAGGUAUGGCAAGGGCAUAGAGUGUAGGUUGACGUAAUAAGGCAGGACAGUAGUUUUGAAAAAUUUAAGUUAGGAGUUGCCAAGACUUAAUCAGCUGUCGACAGCCCAUGAUUGCAUCUCUCAUGGAAAGUUGUUGGUGAUGUCUGUAGGAUCUAUAAAUAUAUGGGGUGUUUGUUAGGAUAGUACAAAUCCAAUUUGAAAGCGAGGAUGUUGAUAAAGGCCUCAAAUAACUUACUUUAACUCCUUCGCCUCGUUAACAUACCCGCGGUGUAAAAAAAUGUUCUUUCAAUUCUAUUGACAUAUAUGAAAUUUAGAACAUAUACAAUAUUCUUCAGCCAACCUAAUGUUUUUGAGCCUAAGUAUUUGGCCAACCUACUAAUUCCACUACUACAUUCUUAAAUGAUUUUGCAUAGUAGUGAUGAUCCUUCACACCUUGAGGAGCCGAGAGCAGUAAGGGAAUGUACUUUUACUGCCUGAUCCUUUUCCUAUACAACACCUAGAUUGUACAAUUGGUUGCCUGCAUCCAUGAAGCAGCUGACUUCUGCGGAGGCCAAUAAGAAACAACUUGAGGCCUUUCUUUUUUUUUUAAAGCUAUUGAUCCUGAACAGGAUACACUGAUGGAGAGUUACAGGGUUUAGGAAGUAUUGAAACUUAGGGUACAGUAUAUGAAUGACAGAAUUCAAACUCACUUUUUGUGAUCAUUUAUUGUAGUAAAGUACAGUACAGUAUUUUUUUUAUUCUCAGGUCUUUGACUUUGUAGUGUUUUAAGCACUAGUGUAUUCUCUAGAAAUACUGGCACUUUUGAGAAAGAAAACACCAGCUAUUAUUAAUAAUACAGUAUUCAGCUAUUUUGGUGGCAAUAGUUAAGACUACACCCACCUUCUGUCCCUGAUGGGUUACACAUCCCACCAUACCAUGAUCAAUUUUUGUAUGAUAUACAGUAUAUCAAAACCAGUUAAUACUGUAAUAAUGGUGAGGAACAUAAGUCCAGCACAAAUGUAUGGUGAGGAAUUAAAUAACAUAAGGGAGAAGAAAUUAAGAUGGCAUUGUUUUUAUUUAUUAACAAAGUUAACAUUUUGCAAAAAAAAAAAAAAACAUUCUUAGGGAAUAAUUCUUAAGAUGUGAUGAAUGAUAUUGGACAUUGUUAUAAAUAUGUUAAGAAAAUAUACUCUACAUUAGAAAGUGCUAACAUUAAUAAGAAUUCUACAGAAUGCCUCCAUCAUAAUUGGUAGUUGUAUCAUAUAUUUUAUACAACGUAGCGAAGGGGUUAAAUGUAUGGCGCUCAGCUGCCCAUUCCUAAUGCUGCAUGGCUCCUGGUGAAGCAUGAGUCUUACUUUGGGUGUCUAGUGAAAGGUGAUACAGUAGCCACACCUUUCUUGAGCAGGCCAAGCUGAUUGAAUAUUAAUCUUGUUCUGAUCCUUUGUUCUGUUUGAUUUUUUAUAGAGGUAAAUAUUGCUUUUGAGAGUUACUUACUUGAUUUAGAUUGCUUGAUGCAAAUUAGAGGUUUGGUAUUUCGCUAUUUUAGUCUUUGGGGUUCUGCCAACUCCUGCUUUAUUGCCAUUGUGACAAACUGGCCAAGGUGUGUGUAUGUGUGUGUGAAGGAACUAAUUAAACAUUAACAAAAGUGAUGAGGCUCUAGAAGAAGUUAUUAUUUUAUUUGAUUAAAUAAAAUUAAUUACCUGUAUCCUAGCCAAGGUAAAUUGUGUUAAACUCUUCAUAAUAGGCAAGCUGAAACAUUGAAUGGUCUGUGUGUGUGUGUAUAGAUUUUUAUUAAAUUUAGCUUUGUAAAAAUUCAAACAACGGCAUUUAGAACAACAGUUAUGUAGUAAUUAUGGUAUACAAAAUAACUGAGUCUUAAUAAUCUAGUGUUCAUUGGAGCUAACCUAGGGAAGGGUAGUUAAAUUUUCUCAUUUGGCAGUAAAUUUGUGGCUGAUUAAAGCUUAAUAGUAGCAGACUUCUAUUUGGAUGACAUACAUGUGUGGGUGGGUGUUAUACAUUGUUGUUUGUCAGUAGCUAAUGGAAAAUAAUAUUUGGUGUGAAUU